AUGGGACUGAACGAGCAAGUUAUGUCGCAAAGUGCAGCGGAUAUGGCAGCCUUUAAGCAAAUGCAAGAUGGUUGCAUUAAGGAGCUAAAUAUUGGAACCGCCGAGGCGGCAUUAAUUGCCACAGACAAACCGGUGGCUAAUCCUACGGAAUCCUAUAAAUGUUAUCAUAAUUGUCUCUAUAAGAAGAUGGGCAUGAUUAAUGCCGAUGGCAAGGCCAAUAACGAUGCCAUUCUCAAGAUAAUUACAACUCGUUAUGCCAAGGCUCCGGUCGAUAAGGUCAAGGCCCUGUUGACCAGUUGUGGUGCUGCCCCUUCGACCAAUGCUUGUGAUUAUGCAUACAAAUUUGAAAUGUGCAUGAUUAACGGACUCAAGGCUUAA